AUGACAUCAGAGAGACCACCUCAACUUUUCACUUGGAAUGGAUUGAGCCCUUACUGGAGAAGUGGACAGUGGGAUAACACCAGGUUCAUCGGAAUACCCGCCAUGGACAGCACAUACUUUGAUGUCCGAAUACCCACCAUGGAUAACACAUAUUUUGAUGCCCGGCAAAAUAUUGUCCGGGGACCAUCAUAUUAUACCAGCAAUAAUCACAACAACUCCUUCUUUGGAUAUACUUUCAUCUCUUCUGAAGGAACUUUAAAGGGGGUUUUGUGGGCCAAUAGUGGCUGGUUAACAUACUGGAAGGCACCGGCACCAACUAACCCCUGUGAAAUUUAUGGAAAAUGUGGGCCCUUUGGAGUUUGCAACAACAUUAGUUCACCUAUUUGCAGAUGCUUAGAAGGUUUCAAACCAAUAUCAGAUGAAGAAUGGAACAGAGGAAACUGGACCAGAGGAUGCCUUAGGGAAUUGGAAUUGAAUUGUCAGAAAUCUGCCAGCACAGCUGCUUCAACGACUGUCAAAAAAGAUAGGUUCUGGAAAAUAACACAGAUGAAGUUACCUGAUUCCGCUGAUUAUUCUUUGAUAAAUGAUGCAGAAAGAUGUCAAAGUUGGUGGAAAAGAUCUGCGGACACAAGUGCGGGUGCGGAUGCGGGUGUGGUUGCAGAUACAGGUUGA